AUGGAGAUCCGACCUGCAUGGCCACGUCGAUUCCGCAUGCGAAAAUACUUCCUGUUGAUGCUUGUUAGAGAUUUGGGUUGGUGGUUGUUGGGGUCCACACCGCUGGAGUGCGGUGCGGCAUGGCUACGCCGCUACUGCACUCUGCAGCUGAGGAGGCCGGUGAGACAAGAAGAAUCUGCACGCCUUAUCCGCGUGUCCUCCUCAUCCCACCCAAUCGUCCAGGGCUGGAUCGUCGCGGAGGCCCCAUACUCGCUCCCUGGGCGAUCGGCGCAGUACGACAAAGCCUCGACGGCCGCCAUGUUGGAUAUUCGAGCUCGUGGAGGCGCGGGUCGGAAACACGUCGAUUGGCUCUGUGAUGAAGGAACACGAGUUGGAUGCGACUACGCCGGCGUCGUCGAAGAAGUCGGCAGCAAGGUCACAAAGCCUUUCAGCAAAGGUGACCGGGUAGCAGGCUUCGCCCACGGAGGCAAUGUCGUCUACAAGGAAGACGGCGCAUUCGGCGAGUACAUCACCGCCAAAGGAGACCUCCAGAUCAAGAUCCCAGACAACCUGAGCUUUGAAGAGGCGUCCACGCUCGGCGUCGGCGUCACGACGGUCGGACAAGGACUGUACCAGAGCCUGAAGUUGCCUUUGCCGGACAAGCCUACAAGCGAGAAGACCUACCUUCUGAUCUACGGGGGCUCGACAGCGACGGGGUCUCUGGCGAUCCAAUUCGCGAAGCUUUCCGGGCUCACGGUCGCCGUAACGUGCUCCCCGAGAAACUUUGACUACUGCAAGAGUCUUGGAGCUGACGCGGCAUUCGACUAUAACUCCCCGACCUGCGCGAAAGACAUCCAAGAGUGGAGCCAGGACAGUAUUGUUCACGUCUUCGACUGCAUCUCCGAGGGCGACAGCCCCAAGAUCGCAGUAGCCGCCAUGUCCACCACCACCGGCGGCGUCUACAGCACCCUCCUCCCCGUCCCGGAGGAAGAGGUCAAGGCCCUGAACGCCAAGGUCGAGUACAGGUCCACGCUCGGCUACACCGUCAUUGGCGAGUCCUUUCGCUUCGGACCAAACGAGGUUCCGGCCCGGCCCGCGGAUCUCGAGUUCGGCAAGAUGUUCUGGGAGGUGGCGAGGGCGCUGCUGGAGCAGGGGAAGGUUAAGGUGCACCGGCCGAGCGUGAACAAGUUCGGCAAGGGCUUCGAGGGCAUUUUGAAAGGCAUGGACGAGAUGAGACAGGGGAAAGUGAGUGGUGAGAAGCUCGUGUUCACUCUGUGA